AGCAGGAGGCGGUUGUGCUGAUGAAGUGGAAGAGCUGGUUUUCCUUCUGUUGCAGAGCCGAUGUGCGUAUGUGUUUUUCUCCUUCUGCAGGAGGCUGCUCCACAUUUCCUUGCCGGGAGUUGUGCAAUCGCUCCGCUCGCAGAAGGGGAAAAAAGCGCGCGCGGGGGGAGAGGGAGAGAAGAGCCCGCUUCCGCCGCUGUCGCUGCUGCUGCUGCUGCUGCUGCAGUUGCAGUAGUUGGUGGCCGCCUUCGUCGCUGGGGGUUUGCUCGCUCUCGUUCUCCCUCCCACUCCCACUCCUCCUCCUCCUCCUGUUUCCCAAAGUGUGAUCUCAAAUCUGUGACUCAGAGACUUGCAAUCCUGUUACGGCAGCGUGUGGUUGGCGGAGAGAGGAGCGAGCCGUGGUCUCCGGCGGUCUUGAUCCGGCGAGGCAGGUGCUGAGACUAAAUGGACAAAUUCCUUGUGAAUUACAAAGUAUAAAGAGGGCAGCCUAGCAAACUGAGUUUUAUAUCUCCAGGUGGAUUAUACCGGGCAGGGCAUAAGCAUCUCUGGCUAUCUUUAAUAUCUGUCCUUCACUUUCUGCUUUAGCACAAGCCAUGGAUUUGCUAUUAGUCUGAAUUUUUCCACCCAAGAAUCAACCAUGAGUCUGCAGGCUCAGCAGAAGGCUGCAAACAAGAGGACUGGGAAGCGGGUUGCAUUUCUGGGUGGGCAAGCUGGCCUGCCAAAAGAAACCCAGCAGCAGCAGCAACAACAGCAGCAGCAGCAGCAGCAGCUCAAAGAAGGGCAGUACUACGGCCAUGUGGGGAAUGUGCCUUCUUCCCAAGCCAUGGAACUUUCCAAGUUGGGUGUAUUCAGUGGAAUCCCUAGUAAUGCAACUUUGUUGAACUCUGUUUAUCAAGACAGAGGAGAGGCAAGGAUGACCCCUCAGCAGCUGGCGACCGUUGCCAAGUGGCAAAACUCUUUGAUGGGGAAUCCGUUGUCUGAGCAGAGCGAGCCUGGUUGGCAGCAGCCGCCUCAGCCAGGCGGAUGGAAUCAUGGGAUGGUUUAUGGAGGAGGCAGCCAGAAAGGGGGGCACCCCAAUGCCAGCAUCCCAGCUUUCUACAGCCACCCAGAUGCCUUGAAAAGAAGCAGGGAGAAAGGCGUGGUGGUAUCACAGCUAGACUUAUAUGGAGAUGCUGGCCAGCAGAUGAUGUCUCAGAAAGCUCAGCUGGAACAGCAAGCACUGGCCCGACAGCAAGCUCAAAUUAAUUCUUUUCAGCAAAUGCAGAAGCAGCAACAGCAGCAGCAGCAGAAUCAGACUCUCCCUUUGCAGCCUUUCCAGCUUGCCUUUGGCCACCAGGGCCAGAAGCAAGGACUUCCAGAGUUGUUGCAUGUCUUUCAGCAUGCUCCGACUUCUUCCAGCCAAGCCUUCACCACCCAGCAGAAGCAACAAGCUCUUCCGCAGUUGCAGCUGUUUGAAAACUUUUACCCACAACAACAGCAGCAGCAACAACAACACCAUCAGCAGCAGGCUUCAGCACAAGCCUUUGGUCUUCAGCAACCCGUCUCUGUAGCACAGCCACAUGUGGCAGCACCACCACAAGCUCCCCAGCAUCAUAUGGUGCCCCAUCAGUUCCACUCAGUCUCGGAAAGGAAUCAGGAGCUGUUGAAGGCCCUCACAGAACAGAACUCACAGACUGUCCUACCCCAGGCCCAGAUCUCCCUCCCAAGGAGGUCACGGAGACUCUCAAAGGAAGGCGUUUUGCCAACCUCUUCUGCAGAAGAUGCACCAGCCUCUAAUAAGCCAGCUGAGGAGUAUCCUGGCACUGUGUUGCCACAUCACUGGCAGCCACAACAGCAUCCAGAAAUCCAGUUUCCACAUCAGUCUGAAAUGUUCAGUCACCACAAGGAUGGUUAUUCACAUCUGAGGAGAGCAGAGCUGGAGCGUGGGGAGAUCCCAGCUGGAGGUCAGCCGACCCAACCUGAAAUGGAGAAAGUGGACUCAUAUGAGAAUGCCAGAGAACUAGGAAAGCAGGAAGUUGUAAAUGAGGGCCUGGUCCAGAGAGCUAAUGAGUUUGGUGGUGUUAGAGGUGGUGUCAUCCAGAGCACGCGGAGGAGACGGCGUGUUUCUCAAGAAGCCAACUUGCUCACCCUGGCUCAGAAGGCUGUGGAGCUGGCUUCUCUUCAGAAUGUCCGAGAGCCAGAAGCCUCAGAAGAAAAGAACAAGAGUGAAGCGGCAGCCACUGCACCAAGGAGUGUUGUAGAAUUUGCCAGUUCUUCACCUGCCCCCAAAAGAGCUCGGGAGGACAGCACCCUUAUGCCUCUUAUCAUUCCUGUUUCUGUGCCGGUGAGAAGGCUAGACUCUCAAGAUGUUGGGAGGGGAAAAAGUGAGGAUGGAAAGCAGCAGCAGCAGCAGCAGUUCAUGGGGAAUGACUGCAGCAUUUCUGAAAGCAAGCCUUCUGUUAUAGUCACCCGGAGGAGAUCCAAUCGCAAUUUAAAUGCAGAUGGGUCUGCGCAGCAUGAAGGCACUGCUUCAAAAGAAGAAAUGGAAGGCUUUGCACGGAAACCAAAGCAGCGGCCGAGACCGGAGCCUCUCUUCAUACCCCCAAAGGCUGGCACCUUCAUUGCUCCUCCUGUCUAUUCCAAUAUCACUCCAUACCAGAGUCAUUUGCGUUCACCUGUCCGUUUGGCAGAUCACCCUUCGGAUAGGAACUUUGAGCUCCCUCCUUACACUCCUCCUCCAAUACUGAGCCCUGUGAGAGAGGGUUCAGGACUGUAUUUCAAUGCUAUCUUGUCUGCUAGUGGUAACACUGUUCCACCUCCCAUAACACCCAAAAGUGCACACAGGACUUUACUCCGAUCAAACAGUACAGAAGUCACUCCUCCUGUUCUUUCAGUAAUGGGAGAGUGCACCCCUGUCAGCAUUGAACCACGGAUCAAUGUGGGGUCCAGGUUUCAAGCAGAAAUCCCACCUCUUAGAGAUCGAUCUCUGGCAGCUUCUGACAAGGCCAAGGAGUUGCUGGUCUGGCAGCCGUGGGAUGAACUUGAAACUAAUGCAUCUACCCUGGAGAAUGUGGAGAACCUGGUAGCUGCCGCUUGCUCAAGUAUAUUUCCUGGAGGCGGUACCAACCAAGAGCUGGCAUUUCACUGCUUACAUGAAGCGAAAGGAAACAUGUUGGCUGCUCUGACCAAAAUGCUGCUGAAGAAGUCCAUGCGCCCUCCAAAGCACCCCCUCGCAGACUAUCACUACACAGGGUCUGAUAGAUGGAGUGUGCUUGAAAAGAAACUCUUCAAUAAGGGAAUUGCCAUCUACAAGAAAGACUUCUUCUUGGUUCAGAAACUUAUUAAAACCAAGACUGUGGCUCAGUGUGUGGAGUUCUAUUAUACAUACAAAAAGCAAGUCAAGAUAGGACGGAAUGGGACCUUAAUUUUUGGGGAUGUUGAUGCAACUGGUGAAAGAGCUGCGAAAGAUGAAACUGAAGUAGACAUAAAGAGCUCUCAUAGGCUUACACGGACUCUUCCUCCCAGAACAUACAAUGAAGAUUAUGAAAACACUGAUGAUGAAGAUGAAGCAGAUGUAGAGAAUGAACUGGUUAUAAAAGAGGAAGUGGUGGAAGGGGAUGAGUUGCACGGCAAGAGCAGCAACACAACACUUCCCAAACCCUCACCGGCUCUAAGCCUUGAGGACCAGGUGGUCAGUCACACUCUGGAGAGGCGCCAGGAGCUUGGCCCUCCGAAAGAGGCAGAAGGCCGAGGCAGAGCCUCAAAGAGGACAAAGGAGACACCCAUUAAAUAUCGGAAAACUUCUCCACCGGCACAGAAGCAGAGAAGAAAGCCAAAACCCAAGCAAGAAACUGCUAACAAAGCACAGAACCAAGAAGAGGAAUUUCCAUGUAAAAAGUGUGGCAGAAUCUUCUACAAGGUGAAAAGCCGCAGUGCUCACAUGAAGAGCCACGCUGAACAGGAGAAGAAGGCAGCUGCCCUGAAGCAGCGAGAAAGAGAAGAGGCGGCAGCAGCGGCAGCAGCGGCGGCGGCAGCUCGGAGACAGGCUCAGCAUGAGGAAAGCAGUGGCAGCGGAAGCACCAGUGGGGGCAGCAGUAGCAGUAGCUCUGAUGAAGACGGAGAGGUCUAGUAAAGGCCUGUGGUCGAAGCUGGAAUCUCAGACCCUGAGGACAUGUUUCUCUCGUCUGCCUGUGGCGUGAGAGCCUCCAGCCCUCUUAGCUUCCCUCUUCUCUUGCCUUGCUAGCCCAGACUGAGUUGAACUGAUGGAUUUUAAAAGAAGUAUGAUUUUGAAAUUUAUAUUUUUUCAAAGAAAGCUGAGAUUUUAUUAAUCUUUUUAUUUAUAAAUAGGUGUUUCCAUACUUAACUCUGGAACAGAAUUCAGUUUUCCUUCAGUUCAAGCCACCUUGCCCUGUGUUUGCCAGGAAUUGUGAUAACAAGCCUUAGGGCCUUGGCAUCCACAUCAGAAAGAAAGAACUGUGUCAAUAGACACAAGUGACUUCAACAGUUUUCAUAUGUAAUUUCAAGAAUCCAGGCUGUUUACUAUGGAUACAUCCUCCUCCCAUCUCCACAUUUUUUGGUAAGACAUUUGUGGAUAAUCUUCGUUUGUUUAGAUAGGGACAACCAAUAUAUGUUUUUCCUCCCCCCCACCAUAAGAGCAUUUAUUUUCACAGCAGGUAGGUGUCCAUGAAAGUCUGGUAGUCAAUCCGUGAGCAGUUUCCCUAGGAAGAGCAGCUAUUUUAAAUACCUGUUUUUCAGACACUGGCAAUUGCUUAGCUAGCAUUAAUUCAGUCUCAGAACCAGACCUUCAUUUUUCAUGUUUUUGUACAUAUUAUACUGUUUGGAACACCUGUUCUUGGUGAGACUUGAGUUAUUGGUGCCCAUAACUCAGUGGUCAAACAAUGAUUUUGCUUGUACAAGGGCUCAAAUUCUAUUUCUGGUGUCUUCAGCUCAAUGGAUUGUGAGUUAGUGGAUUUUGGGUGAUAACACUUCUGUCCAAGACCACGAAGAGCUGCUGCCACCAAUCAGCAUUGAAUGGGUGAGAUGGACGACUAGUCUGACCCUGUAACGUAGCUAUCUAUUCAUUUGUCACUGCUGCUGAAAUAGGUGUGCCAAGAAGGUGGUGGUGAAGAUUGACUUUGGAUUCCCCACAUGAAGCCUCACUGCACUGUAAUUGGAUCUGUUGUUAGUUAUUUUCCUUCUUCAGACUGUCCAGUCAUCUUUGAAUAUUCCACAGAAGAAGAGCCAGACACCUUAGGAUUAAACUUCAAAUCCUAUUAAUUUCCUUUUUUUAUAUAAAUGCCCAAAACUGCCUCAGAAAACUCAGGAUAAUUUGAUUGAAAUUUCAUUCAUUCAUUUGUAAAUGUAACUGGUGGGCUGUGGUUUCUAGCAGAAAGAGAGCCUUGAUUGGCAAUCUGUACAGUGGGCAACAUGCAGAUAUGAGCUGUCAGAAAUCAAGGAUGCCAAAUGUUUGGCCGUGCUGUUUAGCCGUGUUCGGAGGGUUGCUGCUUCCUAACGUCUGAGGGGACACUCAAGAGGAGGAGGCUUUUGAGAGUCCCCUGGACUGCAAUGAGAGCGAACUUAUCCAUUCUAAAGGAAAUCAAGCCUGAGUGC